AUGUCGACAGCAGCAACGAAACGACGCGUUUCGUACAGAAUCCCUUCGCCUUUAGAUCCUGUUCCUCGCCUACGCCUUCCCGAUCCAACAACAUCUCGUUUCGGACUUACAGGUCCAUUGUUAAUCCCGAUAGAUGGUGUUGCAGAAUCUGGAGAACACGGUCAUUCUCAACACCCAAGAGCUCGACAACUACCAGUUCCUAAACAUCCACGCCAUCGUUUGGGAGUAACCUCGCUUGCUUUGGACACAUGUACCCAACUCGCUGGUCAUGGUUCACCGCAGGGAAUUCUAUAUUCUGGUGGUCGGGACGGAAUGGUCAAUUCAUGGGACUUGCAUGUACCCAUGCGUACUAGACAAAGAGCACGGAAUGUGACCCGGUCUAGAGAUGUGUAUGAGAAGUAUAGAUGGGAGAUAAUGACAGGUUGGGCAGACGAUGUUGAUGAAGAUAAUGAUGAUUUCGGGGACGGCGACGUGCUGGGUGAAGUCACUGGAUCUCAACGAAAACGUCGGGAAGAGAUCAAUGAAGUUCCGUAUGAAGAACGCUGGGAGAUGCGCAAAGAUUCCAAUGACCUUCCCCCUACAACGUUUCGACAGUGUGCAGAGAUGCACUCAGAGUGGAUCAACGAUAUCGUCCUGUGCAAUUACAAUCAGAACGUGGUAUCUGCCUCGUCAGAUGGCACCAUCAAGGCCUGGCAGUUACAUGGAGACAUAUCAACCCUUGGCCAUCAUGAAGAUUACGUUCGCUGUUUGAGCGUAUGCCGUGAACAAAACUGGAUUGCUUCAGGUUCAUUCGACCGUACAAUCAAAUUGUGGGACCUCGGACAUGGAUCAUCGAACCCUGUUGUGACAAUGGUACCCGUCGAUGCCGCAAAAGACCCCAAGACCAGCGUUUAUGCUUUAGCUGCAGAUUCGCGUGGUCACGUCAUUGCUAGCGGGAGUCCAGAGCGAAUAGUCAGGUUAUGGGACCCUAGAAGUGGGAAGGGAACAGGCAAACUUGUUGGUCAUACAGAUAACAUCCGCGCCAUUCUUAUAGCUGACGAUGGGAGAUAUCUCCUCACAGCAUCGGCGGAUGCUUCUAUCAAGCUUUGGUCGCUCUCAUCGCCUCAAAGAUGCCUUCACACAUUCACCCAUCACACUGAUUCUGUUUGGUCACUCUUUUCCUCUCAUCCCUCCCUCGAAACCUUCUACUCUGGAGACAAGAGUGGUUUAGUUUGUCGUGUCGAUGUCAGUGAUGUAGGGGCAUUCGAGAGUGGUGAUUCAACCACAAGUUUGAGCGCUGUGGGCUCCAGUCCUAUCAUAGGAACAGAGAUCGGGUUUGAUGCGGGCAUGGGUGUCAGUUCCGGUGAAUGCAUGUUGGUCGCUAGUGUUCGUUCUGGGUCAGGUUUUGGUGCAUGUGAGACGGGUGUGGACAAGAUCGUCGUCCUGGACGAUCGGUUACUUUGGACAGCCUCUGGUACGAGCUCUGAGAUAAAAAGAUGGCGUCUCCCCCCAAAAACGAGCAAAAACAGAGGAAGAGCCAUUGUUUCCAACCCUGGCCCUUCUUCUGUCAGAGAGAGAAGCAGCAGUACAACUGCGACAGCUGAGGAUGAUUUCAGUCGGGCUCUACACGAAUCCCCGGAAUCUACGUCAGUCCCUCUACCUUCUGUUAGUACAUUCAAACAGCACAAACAUCGUUCUCACACCAACACACACUCACCAUCAUCUCUUUCCGCCUCCCGCCCGCUUCCUCACCACAACCACAACUCGUCGUCCUCAAACCAUCAUUCCUCCCCUUCUCUUCCUCAACGCUCAUACACCGCCUCCCUCAUUCGACUUCCAUCCGCAGCUCAUGAUAUCACGGCAUUCCUCCAUAAGAGCCAAGGAAAAGAUGCAGAACUAGCUUCUCUAGCUAGUCAUUUCAGAGCAUCGAGUCCCAGCCCUUCAAUAGCACUAUCUCAUUCUCGUUCUUCUUUCUCUCACCGGCCGCCUGAACAAUACGAAACUACGCAGGUGGAGCUCUUACCUGAGCUAGCUUCUGAAGCAAUACCUUAUAACGCCGAACCAGAUUCCAUAAUCCCCGGAGAUACGGGACUUGUCAGGCGAAUUUCAUCCUCUUCUUUCCUUUGCAACCAAAGCUGA